AAAUGAAUUUCAAAACAAAUCCUUAUAUGGAAAUAAUUUAUGACAAACAGGAUGUGUGCAAAACUUGACAUAUAGAUGCAGACCGGCCCAAAACCUUGCCAUCUCUUGCCUGGAUAACACGUAGAUAGCUGCUAUAAUCAGAAACAAUGGACUCAAAAAAAAGGGUACUGUGCCCUUUACCUGUUCCUGUUGACAAUGACUGCAAACGUUAAACUCAACAAUGCAGCACCUGUUGUUGUGGUACCAAUAGCGGUUUAUGCCGGAGCAGCGGUAUCGCCAUGGGUGUGGGCUGCCCUGGUCGCGGUCUACGGAGCUGCAACACUGGCUGUAUAUCGCGUGACUAGGACAUCAUCCGACAAUCACUCGUGCGGUGGUAACCGAGGAUAUUGCCGCUGGUCGUGCCGUUCAAACGAGUACGUCAACGAAUACCAUAGCGCUGUAUGCGGAAACUACAAGUGUUGUUUUGUUAGAUAGUUUUGUUCAUAUUCCUGUGUGUCUUUUAUCGUGUGAGCUAUAUAUAUAAUGUCUUAUGAAUUCUAUAUUGAUCAAUUUCUAAUUUUCUUUUAAAAACACAUGGUUUGUUUAUUCCGAUUGUCAUAAUUUGUUUGAAUGUUAAAUAUUCACAGUUAAAAAUUAUUGCUUGUUAAACAACAAACUGAACGGUUUUGGAUGUAUUGACUUAUGGUCAAUCAAAAUAAAGAUGAUCAUAAAUGGUU